ACGCCCAUGUGAGCUAUUCAUUUCCUAAUUUUCCGUUCCUGGGACAGCAGUUGAAAACUUAAUAUUCUACACAAAAUAAAAGUAAAAUUUAAAGAUAACCCUCCAGUAAUGAAUGACAAUGGAGAACAAGAAGCUGGGGUUGAAGAUAAUCCCAAGCCAGUUACCAUCGCUGUCUCAUCUCGCACCUUAUUCGACAUGGAUGCGGAGAGAUAGAUAUUUGAGCAAGGCCUCGAGAAGUAUGUUCAAUAUCAACAGACGAACAAGGACGGUGAAGGCUUUGAUGACAGUAAAUUCUCGGUUAAAGGAGCUCUACCCAGAGAGUGAGGAGCUAUUUGACAUUGUCUUAAUAUGUAAACAGCCUCCGGUUCCGGUGCGCCUUUUCAAUAGUAUCAAUCACCAUGGUUUAACUAUAAAUAGUUUUUGCAUGACUGGAGGAAGAAGCCCUUUUGUCUUUCUUAAAGCUUAUAUGACCAACCUCUACCUAUCUAAGGAUUCUAAGAAAGUCAAGGAGGCCAUUAAGGAGGGCAUUGCUGCUGCCACCAUGGGUAAUCCAGACAUGAAAAACCAGUUGAGCGACAUCCAGUUAAAAGUGGCCUUUGAUGGGGAUGGUGUGCUGUUUUCCGACGAGUCUGAAAUUAUAUUUAAAGAACACGGCUUGGAUGCAUUUUCUGAGAACGAGAAACGGCUUGUAAACGAACCUCUUGAACAAGGUCCAUUUAAGUGUUUCUUGGAGGCACUGGUGAAGCUUCAGAGGAAGUUCCCUGCUGACAAACCCUGCCCCAUACGUACCUACCUGGUAACAGCCCGCAGUGGUGAAGACAGCUCAGGGACCCGUGUCCGGGAGACUUUGAGGAGCUGGGGCCUUGAGAUCGAUGAGUUCCGCUUCCUGGCUGGGAAACCUAAAGGGACCGUUUUGCAGGAAAUCCAGCCACACAUAUUCUUUGAUGACCAGAUGUCACAUAUCAAGGGGGCAGAAAAACUUGGGACUAUCUCUGCGCAUGUGCCUUAUGGGAUUUGCUCUUUUGGGAAGUACCAUAAGAGCAAACUUAAUGAGAAGCCUGCAAAAGACAAGUAAAUGUAACAUCAUUUUCAAUACAAACACCAUAGGCGUGCCCUGAUUUUGCUAGUGUUUGACAUUUGAUAAUUGAGUGCUUUUGUCAAUAUUUUACACUCUUAAAUGGGGAAUAAUUUACCUUGUGACACAGGUCCCCUGUGGCCUCAAGUCUUCAGUCCAUGCCCCUUUGGAGAGACUAUAUCACCUCCCCUUUUUAUUGAAUAGAUUUUAUGUAGUCAUCUUUAAUAUUGGAAUGUUCAUUUUCAUAUAAUUACCAUACUAUUAUCAAUUGAAAUAAUAUUGUUUGUUGCAGUGUCAAAUCACAUACUUGUAUAUGUGUUGCACCCACACAUUUCUGCUUGUGCAUUUCAUUUUGUGCCUUGAAACCAAGAUUAAUUGAUUCACCUCAAUGUCAAUGAUGCCCACCUGCAUUGAGCAGGUGGAGGAUGAAGCUGUGUGCUAGCGGAAGGUACUUCUUUAAUGCCACUUUGUUGAUGUGGAAUCUAGGUUUGGCAUUAAGUCUGUAGUUUGCGUGAUGUGACUUAAUUGUGAGUGCACAUGUCAGUUUCCUUUCUGUGAACACAUUUCAUGCUGUUUAAAAUAAAUAUACAUUUUGCUUUGAAAAAGAAUGUGGUGCCAUGUCUCACCGGUGCACAUACAUUUGGCUGUAUUGGAUGAUUUAUCCUAACGUGAAUGGUUCCAACUGGGUGUCUAUGUAAAGUAAAAAGUGGUGUUUCUUUGGUAUUUAACUUUUACAUUCUAUGAUACAAGUAUAAUGUAUGCUGUUAUUUGUAUUUCUGUAUUGUCACUAAGCAUUAAUAAAAACGUAAUUAAUAAAAA